UAUAGAUGGAGUUACUGUUUACAAACAAACGCUCCGCCACUUCCGGGUUCUUUUGGUAACCCAGAAAAGAACUGCUGUCUAUGGGUACUUCGCUCAAAUUGUGCUGAAACUGCCCAAAAAGUGCUGUUUGUGGGGUUGAAACACACCGUUUCCCACAGAUUAUUGGAGAUUAGGGCUUUUUUAAAUUUCCACCUGAAUGUUGCAUCGGUAAAAACACAGGAUUUUACAUAAAUGAUGAUAAUUCACGGGUCACCGUCAUUGUUAUCGCAUUUGCUCUAUUAGACACAAUUGAGUUUGUCACAUCUCGCGAGAAGUGAAACAAUACGACGGAAGUUUAAAGAUUGGAGUCACAUCUCGCGAGAAGUGCGUAGACGUGGCGUUAUUGUCCUUCACUUCACGCUGCUAGUACACUACACAGUCAGCAGCCUGUUUUUACGCAUAAUGUGUGAAGAAGAAUGCGACUGAAACAUAAUGUAAGCGGACAGUGUUUAAUCUGAAGUGUCCCUCGGUAUCCUUAUCAUUGUUUAGAUCAGUUUGCGUAUUCAAAAGCAGUUUUGUGAGAGCAAGCUCGCUAGCGCAACUGCAGUCAAGGCGUUUCCGUGGCAACGGCGCCUUCAGCCAGUCAGGGAAAUAUCGCAUUAAACGCAUCAGGAGACGCUGAAGGAUGCGACUGAAAACAUCUCUGCUGAAGGAGCCCAAACAUGGAGAGCUGGUGAGUUGUGUGGGCUGGACGUCCGCAGAUGAGCUGUACUCCUGCAGCGAUGAUCAUCACAUCCUCAGAUGGAACCUGCUCACCAAUGAAACCAGUGUUGUGGUGAAGCUCCAGGAGGACAUUUAUCCCAUUGACCUGCACUGGUUCCCCAAGACUGUCAGUGGAAAGAAACAAGCCGUGGCCGAGAUCUUUGCCCUCACCAGCUCAGAUGGUAAACUGCAUCUGGUGUCUAAAUCGGGUCGUAUAGAGAAGAGUGUGGAGGCUCAUAAAGGUGCCGUGCUCGCUGGACGCUGGAAUCAUGAUGGAACGGCUCUCAUCACAGCUGGUGAAGAUGGCCAGCUGAAGAUCUGGUCUAAGAGUGGCAUGCUGAGGUCUACUCUGGCCCAACAAGGGUCUCCGGUGUACUCUGUGUCGUGGGCUCCAGACUCCAGCAGACUUCUGUACACAUCAGGACGACAGCUGAUCAUUAAACCACUGCAGCCCAGCUCCAAACUCCUGCAGUGGAAAGCUCACGAUGGCAUCAUUCUGAAAGUGGACUGGAGUGCAGUGAAUGAUCUCAUACUGUCAGGAGGAGAAGACUGUAAAUAUAAGGUGUGGGACAGUUAUGGGCGUCUGCUGUUCUCCAGUGCAGCUCAUGAUUACCCCAUCAGUGCUGUGUCCUGGGCUCCUGACGGUGAGCUGUUCGCCGUGGGCUCCUUCAGUACUCUCAGACUGUGUGAUAAGACAGGGUGGUCAUACUCUCUGGAGAAGCCGAGCACAGGCAGUGUGUUCAGUCUGGCGUGGUCUGCUGAUGGCACUCAGCUGGCGGGAGCGUGUGGAAAUGGACACGUGUUAUUCGCUCAUGUCGUAGAGCAGCGCUGGGAGUGGAGAAACUAUGAAAUCACUCUCACUAAGAGACGCACUAUGCAGGUGCGGAAUGUAUUAAAUGAUGCAGUGGAUGUUGUGGAGUUCAGGGAUCGAGUCAUUAAAGCGUCCCUGGCUCACACUCAUCUGGUGGUCACCACCUCUAUGCAGUGUUACGUCUACAGUGUGAAGAACUGGAAUACCCCACUGAUCUUUGAGCUAAAGGAGGGAACAGUCAGUCUUAUACUGCAGGCCGAGAGGUAUUUCCUGUUGGUGGAUGGGGCAGAGGUGUAUGUGUACUCGUAUGAGGGCCGUCUGGUGUCGUCUCCUAAGAGUCCCGGCUUGAGAAUGGAUAUCCUGAACUCACAGUCCAUCUCUCUGAGCAACGACACCAUCGCCAUACGAGACACCACUGAUGAACGAGUUGUCUUUCUGUUUGAGGCAUUGACAGGAAAAGCCAUCGGUGAUGGCAAACCUUUCAUUCACAAGAUGGAGGUGGUGUUGAUCGCACUGGAUCAGUGUGGAUCAUCUAAUGACAGAAGGCUUGCAUUGAUUGAUAAGAAUCGUGACCUCUACUUGACCUCUGUGAGGAAGCUGGGUCGAGCUGACAGUGUUUAUAAGAUCGGUACGAUGGUUCACACUUUGGCCUGGAAUGACUCUGCUAACAUCCUGUGUGGUGUUCAGGAUCAUCAACUGACUGUGUGGUAUCACCCCAGUGUGGUGUUUGUAGACAAAGACCUGCUGCCCAAAACUAUCUGCACCAAAGACAGCAGUGAGUUGAGUGGCUCUCCUCAGAUCAUGAGUUAUGUGGGCAGUCAGGUGACUGUGAGACGGGUGGACGGAUCUCUAGUGUGCAGCGCGGUGUCUCAGUACCCCACAUUACUGCACGAGUACAGCAGCAGCGCUCGCUGGGAGGACGCGCUCCGUCUCUGUCGCUUCGCCAAGGAUGUUAUCCAUUCAACCAUGAAGCCAGAAGCCGCUGCAGCGCAGAAAUGAUCCAAAUAUGGACAUCAGUGUAUCACAUCAGAGACCACAUGAACAGACUUCCUCAUUCGGAUCUAUACGUAUAAACUGUAAAACGUCUAUACGUGUAAAGUGAAAAAAUUAUGUUUAUUCUGAUGAAAGAUGUUAUGAAUAUAUAGAUGACUAUGAAAAUGUAUGGUUUGUCAAUGUUUCCCAAGCGAUCACUGGUAUUUGUAUAGAUUUAUUGAACAGUUCUGGAUCUGGCACUGGACUCAAAUUAUAAAAAAUCUGCUUCAUUCUAUGAAUGGAAUCCACAUGAAAUCAGUAAAAGAAGCUGUUAUAACAACUCGAUGAUGAUUGAAAGAUAUUUGCAUUAGAUUAUGUAUAAUUUGUAAUGUUUACAUGAGCUAACGCUAACACGCUAGCACCUUUGCCGUAGUAUUACACCUGUUACCCCAGUAUGCCAGCCUUCGCCGCAGUAGGACCUGAAAAUAUUUAUGGAUGAAAUUACUCUGAUGUCACACAGCAGGAAAUCGAGCUUCCGGGUUCUUUCAAGCAACUGAUUGGUAGAAAUAGGCAGCGCUGCAGUUUUAAUAAUCUUUAUAGAAUGUAGUAAUGUCUGUUAAUGUUAAUAAGUUAUUAUAAAUGGUUUAUCUAUGGUUUACAGUGAAGGCAUGAUGUGGGUUCUUUUCUGAAUUGUCAGCAAAACAAGUUUAAACUUGAUUCAGUGAGCCUGUGUGAUUAUGUGGGACAUGUAACAGGUUGAUGAAUACACAUCCUCACAUGUUUAACACACUUCUAAAAACUAAGUACUUAAAAAUGAAAACUACCAUCAGACAUACAAUAUGUGUUCUAACAGCUUAAAUUAUUAACCCACAUAAAAUAAAUAAUAAUAUUUACUUCAGUAUGAUAAUAUUCCAUUCCAGAACUUAAUAAUAGCUGUUUUCAAUUGAACAAUGUUGUUUACUUUAUUUAAAAUAAAUGCAGACAUCAUUUUAGCAGAAUGAUAUUAUUUUUAUUCACUUGUUCUUUCACAAACAGUAGUCCAUGUUCCGCAGUAGUGGAGACAGGAUCUGUUCCUCCCGUUACAGCUGGUCAUAUAAGUUGAUAUGUGACCAGCAAUACAAAAAAUGAUAUGUUUUUUUGUAUUGUGGGUUAAUUCCAUGACUGUCGUCUGUCGUCGUUAUUUUGAAUGGUGUGGAAAAGCAACAUUAAUAAAUAAACAGAUGUCUACCGCAAUUAAAUUAAUCACAAACAGUGGCCAUUCAUUUGUUCUCCAUGAUAUGAGACUCCUGGAAGUUUCAUGUUUGCAGCAUCGGAUCUAUAUCCCAUAAAGAUCAAUCCAUAAUCACGUACAAUAAAAUGGCUUUCAAGGAUGUAUACCGUCGUCAUGAUUAUCACAGGCUAACGAUUGGGGUAAAUUCUGUCAUGUGACACUAUAUUUUUGCAUUAAUGCUAAUUUUCUUGACAAAAAGUGUUUCCAAACCAGUUUUUCAUGACAUUUGAUGUAUUGACAGAGUUCAUGCGCUAGAGUUAAAUAGAUAAAUAUUAUGUCGACAUUUUUUUUUUUUCCUCAUUACUGUACCAGCGUGCUGUUUGACUGUCAGACAGAUGGCUUAUGUGUGUGUGCUUUAAAAAAAUACACUUGACAAUUCUGUGAAAAUGUCCGUCUUGGUAAAGUAUUAAUGUAAACACGGUCAUUUAUGUCUAAAGUGAAUGUAAACAGCAGGACAAAUAGUGGAUUUGUAUAAAAAUAUGCUGUCUAGUACUGUAUGUUGUUAAGAUUAAUCAAACAAGAAAAUGAGAAAAACACUCACUGCUCUUGACUGGAUAACUUAAGAAGCUUUAAACAGUAUUCAUGUACUAUAAUCAUUCAAUGAAGACCAGUACCUGGUUGCGUAAAGCAUCUUAAGUGUUUAUACAACCAAUUGAAGAGUAUAGUGUGCCUAGGCAAAUUUUUUGUGGUUGGGAGAACCCAGUUUAAACAAUUUUAGCGAUGAAAAACUGUUGCAGGAGAUUUGAUGGUCAUGCAAUACGAGAAAUCAUUAACAAGCUGGAGGAUGAUCUAAUAGGAACACACUCAAACCAGAAGUGUGCCCAGUAUUAUCAGCUCUCUGAAUUUUUAUAAACUGAACGAAUGGAUGAUGCUCGCAGCCUUUGUAAAGGGGCAUAAAGUGUCAGUAUAUUAUUCCCUGUUGAUUCAGAGUCUUGGUGACGGUGUCUUAACAUCUCUAAAGAGGUUAUGAGAAAGAAAUUUGAACUUGGUAUUGGAGGAUGGGGAGUGGGAAAGAAUAAAAAUAUAUAUAUAUUAAAACUAUGUCUAGGGAUGCAAGGGUGCGUCUUAUUCAGUUUAAGAUUUUUCAUUGUUUCUACUGGACUCCCUCUAGAUUGUUUAGGCUCGGUUUAAAAGACACACCAAUCUGCUGGCGAUGUCAGUUGGAGACAUGGCCCAUGCUCUGUGGUUCUGCGCUUUCAAGAAUUCUGGUUAAGAGUCCAGAAUUUUAUCUGUGAGGUUUUAGAUACUCAAAUGUAAUUUUGCCCCAGACUUUGUAUAUUGGGUGAUGGGGCAGUUAUUAAAGUAGGUGACAAAUAUAUAAAAAGCUGGGUCAAAAUUAGUGUAAUGAUCGGCAGACAAAUAAUUCUUAGAGGAUGGAAAUCAAUUGGCGGUCCCUCAUUUCAAGAAUGGUUCACCACAACUGUGCCACCUGUUCUGUACUGUUUUUGGGAGUAGCAUACACCCCCCUAAAGCGGCAGAUACUCUGGGAGAGGUGAUUACUGCUUUUGGAAAAGGCCAUGAGGCAUCAGUGUAUUACUCCUUAUUAAUUCAGAGUCUGGGGGGAGGGGCUUAAUGUAUAUAAUUUGAUUCUGUAUUUUCUGUUAUGUUUAUUUAAUUUGUGAAUGGAAUCAAUAAAAAUUGUUAAUAACAAAAGAAUGGUUCGCCGAACUGGGUAGGCUGACGGCAUUUGAAAAGAUUCGGCAGAUUGGACACAUUUGGUAAGAAAUAUGAAAGGUAUUUGUCCUUUCUGGAAGGCUCUCAGUGAGGACCAUGUGGAGAGAAACAAAAUUAUGGUAUUAAUUGUGGAUUCUGUUCCUUGUGGAAUUCUUUCUUUUCUUUUUGUUUGUUAAUUUUUAUACUUUUAUUUUCUCAAAAAAAAAAAAAAAAAAUAA